CACGUAAUACGAUGGCGAGUAGUUUUGGAGAGCCCGUAUGUUACGCUACUGUCGUCGGCUGGCGCUGGUUGGAGGGGAAAGAGAGAGAAAGAGAAAGAGGAUAGCUUCGGUAUAGCGACGGAGAGAGACGAUGAGUAAAAGAGAGAGACGGAGAUGGAGGGAGCGAUGGCGACGAGUACCGGUGCUGCAGUAACCGGCUGGCGUCCGUUGCCUCUCGGGUGUCGAAAACGUGGACGAAAAAUAGAUAUUUCAUAGAUAUCUGACGAUAGUAUAUUGUUAUCGAAACGCUUCCACUGUUUUAUUAACGACAAUUGAGCUGGAUACAUCACGGCUCACCGAGACUUUCCAUGUCAACGCCACGCACGCUGUCGAACUGGCGAGCGUGCUACGCCCCGUGGUUACAGACUCGAAUUCGUCGGUUUGUUUCUGAUAUUUUAGUGGUUUUUGAGGAUACAUCGGUAACGUUACUACCGCCUCGGGAAACCGUCGUAACAACGAGCAAGCCCCCGCAAUAUUGAGAUGAGCGAUCAUGGCUGCAUACACUUGAAUAAUUUCAAAGCAGCCAAGGGGAUACAGCCGUACAAAGUAAUACACUCCUAUUUCGUGACCAGCACUUCGACCGAGGCACGCGUAAGGAAGGCAGUGAGCUGCUUGUGUCACACCUGUAAAACUUACAAGGAUCGCCUUCACUCGUGUUUGCACUGCAUUUUUUUUGGCUGUUAUUCGAAAGGACACAUACAAGAACAUGCCAAGACCAAAAAACAUUUUCUAGCCGUCGAUCUAUGCUACGGCAACAUAUUAUGCUUCCAAUGUGGGGACUACGUGUACGACAGGGAAUUAACAGCGGUUGCAAAGUCACAGUGGAGCCAGUCGGCGAGGUCACUUAGUUUGGGAGAGUUUUAUAGAGCCUGGGAACCGACGCAAGUUGAGGCGGACUUGUUGAGAAAAAAUCCACGACGUCGACGUAUCGUGGAAAAUUCCACUAUAGGUCUGAGAGGUCUGAUAAACCUCGGUAGUACUUGUUUCAUGAACUGUAUAGUGCAGGCGUUGAUACAUACGCCUCUUCUUCGGGACUAUUUUCUAGCUGAUCGACAUCAUUGUCCCCAGCCAAGCCGUUGUCUUGUUUGUGAAGUAUCGCACCUUUUCCAAGAAUUUUAUUCCGGCAACAAGGCUCCCUUGACACUUCAUAAACUGCUUCAUCUAAUUUGGACACACGCCAGGCAUUUAGCUGGCUAUGAACAGCAAGAUGCACAUGAAUUCUUUAUUGCAACGCUAGAUGUACUCCACAGGCACUGCGAGGCUGCCCCUAUUUUGGUCAAAGACAACCCUCAUCAUUGUAAUUGUAUUAUAGAUCAAAUAUUUACCGGAGGAUUGCAGAGUGAUGUUGUCUGCCAAGCGUGCAAUGGAGUAUCGACUACGAUUGAUCCUUUUUGGGACAUCUCCCUGGACUUGGGCCCCACUGCUGGAGCAUCGGGGCCUGACAGUUCCGGUCCACCUACCUCGUUAUUAGACUGCCUAGAACGUUUUACACGUGCCGAACACUUGGGAUCAAGUGCGAAGAUAAAAUGUAGUAAUUGCCAAACUUACCAGGAAAGCACAAAACAAUUAACUAUGAAACAGCUACCCAUUGUUGCCAGCUUUCACUUGAAGAGAUUCGAACAUUCUAGCAUUCAGGAUAAAAAGAUAUCGACCUUUAUAGCCUUCCCUGAACAGUUGGACAUGACUCCUUUUAUGUCUCAUAAAAGAAACGGUAAUAACAACACCACGAUAGAUAGCUUUCCGAAAAAUGGCGAAGACACUGCCUUCGGUGAUAACAGGUAUUCGCUCUUCGCUGUUAUCAACCACGAGGGAUCGUUGGAAACUGGUCAUUACACAGCGUUUAUUAGACAGCAGAGAGAUCAGUGGUUCAAAUGUGACGAUCAUCUAAUAACUAGGGCAAAAUUGAAGGAUGUGUUAACUAGCGAAGGGUACCUCCUUUUUUAUCACAAGCAGAUCCUCGAGUAUGGAAAAAACAGUAAAGUAUAAAACCCAAAUCAUGUAAUUAAAUUAUUUAUCUUGACAACGAUAAGUCAGGCGAUAGAUUUUAAGUUGAUUAGGUUUAUUAUACGUCGUAUAUAGGUUGGAUUCUACAUAUUCUAACUUGAUAUUUCAGCAUUUUUUUUUUCGAACCUUCUUAUGAUUAUGCGAGCGGUUGAACGAUUACUUUAAAAUAUAUUGCGUAUUUAUUUCUCAAAAUAUACUUGCAUCAGUUUUAAUGUAAAAAAAAUUAGGAGUAUAAAUAAUUUAAAUCACAAUAAUCAUAAUAAUUUAUAAUAACUGUUUAGUUUUACAACUACUUAAUUACAACUUUUACCUUCAUGACAUAUUAUUAGGGACAAAGUGAUUGGCUGCAAAAACUUUCUUAAAAUAUAUCGUAAUCAUAAUUUAUGACUACCGAUAGCUAACGUAAAAGUAUAUCGCUGUAGUUUUAAUGGAAACUAAGUGGAUUAAUUGUAGAAUUUGCAGAACGCCAAUUCACUGUACGUAUAUUUCAAUAUUUAUUCAAUCAUCUUCCAUUUGUCAAAUGAUUACUCGAGCCUACUUAAUCUACUACUGUCAAUCCGCGGAUUCCGUAGAAUUCGUUAAUGUGUCGUCGACUCCGAUCCACCGAGUUAAGAACUGACUGAUAUCCGCUUCAUAGACGGAAGUGGAAUGAUUACAGGAAAAGUUUUGCUAUUUGUGUAUGUAUAUUUACGGUUUAUUUCUGUUGAAGUAUUAUUAGCAGACUCUGUAAUCCCUAAUACUCUCGUGCUUUACGGAUCUUAUAUCGAUAAAUGGACAAACUAAGGAUAAUAAAUAUUUGUAUUGUUCGAACGAAACUCACAAAUGAAAUAUUAAGCGAAGUAUCACAGCUGUAGUAGGUAUAUUUGCUAUUAUGUUAUCAACAUAAAGACGAUUAAAAUCCUACUAACGAUGUUACAGCUGGAUUUUGUUGUCCAGUUAUGUAAGAAUUAGUUUUCUAAGAUUAGCUCAAUUUUUUUUAAAUUGCCAAAAAUAUCGCAAUUUUUGUAUAUCGAUGACUAAUGUUGUAUUUCCUCCCCUUCCCCCCUCCCUCCCUCUCCCUUACGAUUUACAUACAUAAACAUUAUACAUAUGCGUGGCUGAUCCAUUUUAUUGAAGUUUACCAAGGAAUUCCAUUUAUUAAUGAUCGAUUGACUGUGCUCACUAUUCUAUAUUAUAACUCCAUGAAAUCAUGUUACUCUAUGGAUCUCUUUAAUUAAAAAUAAAUUUAAAUGCUGACUUUUUCGAGUUAUUGUGAUCACUACUGAAUAGUUAAAGUAACUUGUAUAGAAUUCGUAGUACGCAGUCUUUGGAAUAUGCCUGAUAAACUAACUAACUGACUAACUUCAAUUUAUGCAAUGUGGAACUACUGUGCAUACACGUAUAGUGAUUAAUUAAGAACAAAUGAAUUUUGUACAAAUAAAAUAGCUUUGAUGAAGUGACUGUAUUUCGAUGCGACGAUUGACUAUGAUGAUGAUUUACGUCCAACUGUGUAUAUUAAAUUAUAAUUUGAAUAAAUUUCUGGUCGCUAAUUGUAAAUUUUAAA